CGCCCACCUACAGCUGUGCGCUGCUGCUCCGGCCUGCGGAACCCAGGAGGGGCCUGGCAGAUUCUGCAUCAAGGAUGUCAGCAGGGAACUACAAUCAUUGACCUGGUGAGAGCAAGUAAUCCAGACCCGCAGUUCAGUGCUGAGCUACACACGUACCUCCCUGACACCACACCACCUGCAGGCCUCAACAUGGCAACCCAGAACAGAAACACUAGUUUCGUACCCAACUUUAAUCCGCCCCAAGACCACGCCUCCUUGCUCCCCUUCAACUUCAGUUAUGGUGACUAUGACCUCCCUCUAGACGAGGAUGAGGAUGUGACCAAGACUCGAACGUUCUUUGCAGCCAAGAUCGUCAUUGGUGUGGCACUGGCAGGCAUCAUGCUGGUCUGUGGCAUUGGCAACUUUGUCUUUAUUGCUGCCCUUGCCCGCUACAAGAAGCUGCGCAACCUCACCAACCUCCUCAUCGCCAACCUGGCCAUCUCUGACUUCCUGGUGGCCAUCAUCUGCUGCCCCUUUGAGAUGGACUAUUAUGUGGUACGCCAGCUCUCCUGGGAGCAUGGUCACGUGCUUUGUGCCGCCAUCAACUACCUUCGUACAGUUUCCCUCUAUGUCUCCACCAAUGCCCUGCUGGCCAUCGCUGUGGACAGAUAUCUCGCCAUCGUCCACCCCUUGAAACCACGGAUGAAUUAUCAAACAGCCACCUUCCUGAUCGUGCUGGUCUGGAUGGUGUCCAUCCUCAUCGCCAUCCCAUCUGCCUACUUCACCACAGAAACCAUCCUUGUUAUUGUCAAGAGCCAGGAAAAGAUUUUCUGUGGGCAGAUCUGGUCCGUGGACCAGCAACUCUACUACAAGUCCUACUUCCUCUUCAUCUUUGGCUUGGAGUUCGUGGGCCCUGUUGUCACUAUGACACUGUGCUAUGCCAGGAUCUCCCAGGAGCUCUGGUUCAAAGCCGUACCGGGGUUCCAGACCGAGCAGAUCCGCAAGCGUCUGCGCUGCCGCCGCAAGACAGUCCUAGUGCUCAUGUGCAUCCUAACAGCCUACGUGCUGUGCUGGGCACCCUUCUAUGGUCUCACCAUCGUGCGAGACUUCUUCCCCACUGUGUUUGUGAAAGAGAAGCACUACCUUACUGCCUUCUAUGUCGUUGAGUGCAUCGCCAUGAGCAACAGCAUGAUCAACACUGUUUGCUUCGUGACGGUCAAGCACAACACCAUGAAGUACUUCAAGAAGAUGAUGUUGCUCCACUGGUAUCCCUCCCCACAUGGGAGCAAGUCCAGCGCUGACCUUGACCUCAAAACCAGCGGAGUGCCUGCCACUGAAGAGGUGGAUUGUAUCAGGCUAAAGUAACCUGCUAGUGCUGCACAACUGAGAACUCAACUCCAGUACUAAGAGAAUCACACACUGUCACCCAAGUCCACCAGUUUUGUGAGAAAACACAACUGUGUUCGUGCUCUCCUGCCCUCAAGUAGCUGGAUGCGUC